AAGUUUUGAUUUUUUUUACUUGAUCUGGGAUUUGAAAUCGAAGCCAAUUCAGUGGUGUGAUUUUGGUUUCUGGGUUCUGUUUCUUUUGAUCCGAGGUUUCUAAAUUUGGGACCUUUUUUGUUCCAAUUUGAUUAGGGUUUCAGAAAAAGGCCAAACUUUGGGUUCAAUCUUGAGAAAAAUUAGGGAUUUGAUGCAUAUCUCACUUUGGAAGCCAAUUUAUCACUGUGCUGCUGCACUAGUACUAGACAAGAAGAGCAGUGGUAGUAGUAGCAGCAGCAGGAAUCGAGAUGUGACUCAGCGGAAACUCCAUGAAUCUAAGCUCAGGGAAGCUCUCGAACAAGCAUCUGAAGAUGGGUUACUCGUUAAAUCUCAAGACAUGGAAGAAGAAGACGAGUCUCAAGAUCAAAGUCUUGGACGGUCUAGAUCACUCGCUAGACUCAACGCUCAACGAGAGUUCUUGCGUGCUACAUCACUCGCAGCUCAAAGAGCAUUUGAAUCAGAAGAAACUUUACCUGAGCUUGAAGAAGCUCUUGACAUGUUUCUGACCAUGUAUCCAAAGUAUCAAUCUUCUGAGAAAGUUGAUGAAUUGAGGAACGAUGAGUAUUUCCACUUAUCGUUACCAAAGGUAUGUCUUGACUAUUGUGGAUUUGGGUUGUUCUCGUAUCUUCAAACAGUUCAUUACUGGGACACUUGCACUUUUAGUUUGUCUGAGAUUAGUGCCAAUCUAAGUAAUCAUGCUAUAUAUGGUGGUGCUGAGAAAGGAUCUAUUGAACAUGAUAUCAAGAUUAGGAUAAUGGAUUACUUGAACAUCCCUGAGAAUGAGUAUGGUCUUGUGUUCACUGUUAGUAGAGGCUCUGCGUUCAAGUUGCUUGCAGAGUCUUAUCCGUUCCACACAAACAAGAAGCUUCUGACUAUGUUUGAUCACGAGAGCCAGUCGGUUAGUUGGAUGGGUCAGUGUGCGAAGGAGAAAGGUGCAAAGGUUGGUAGCGCCUGGUUUAAGUGGCCUACGCUUAGGCUGUGUUCAAUGGAUCUUAAGAAGGAGAUAUUGAGUAAGAAGAAGAGGAAGAAGGAUUCUGCAACUGGUUUGUUUGUGUUUCCAGUCCAAUCAAGGGUCACGGGGUCUAAGUACUCUUACCAGUGGAUGGCAUUGGCUCAGCAAAACAACUGGCAUGUCUUGCUUGACGCUGGUGCUUUGGGUCCUAAAGACAUGGACUCGCUUGGGUUGUCUUUGUUUCGACCGGAUUUUAUCAUCACUUCGUUUUAUCGUGUGUUUGGGUAUGAUCCAACUGGAUUUGGGUGUCUGUUGAUUAAGAAAUCUGUGAUUAGCUGCUUGCAGAGUCAAUCUGGGAAAACGAGUUCGGGAAUUGUGAAGAUAACACCUGAGUAUCCUCUGUAUCUAAGUGACUCCAUGGAUGGCUUGGAAGGUUUGACUGGGAUUCAAGAUAAUGAUAUUGCUAUUAAUGGAGAUAAGAAAGCCUUGGGAACUCAAUUACCCGCUUUUUCCGGUGCAUAUACUUCUGCUCAGGUGCAGGAUGUCUUUGAGACAGAUAUGGAUCAUGAAAUUGGUUCUGAUAGAGAUAACACAAGCACUGUGUUUGAGGAAGCUGAGAGUAUCUCAGUGGGUGAAUUGAUUAAAAGUCCGGUUUUCAGCGAAGACGAGUCAUCGGAUAGCUCGCUCUGGAUUGAUUUGGGUCAGAGUCCUGCUGAUUCUGAUAAUGCAGGUCCUCUGAACAAGCAAAAGAGUCCCUUAUUGGUUCCCAAAAACCACAAACGAAGAAUCUCGCCAAAACCAGCUUCAAAGGCUAAUAAUGGCAGCAACGGUGGGAGGCAUGUUCUCUCUUUCGAUGCUGCUGUUUUGUCAGUAUCACAUGAAGUGGGUGACGAAGUCUCAGAAGAAGAAAAAACUGAAAUGAAUCCGAUAGACACAAGUCAUCGGUUACGGGUUAAUGAGAUCGAAGAAGAAGAAGAAGAAGAAGGUGGGAGCAGUAAGCUAACUGCUAAUGCAAAUGGAAAUGGUUCGAGCUCUGGAAUCAAAGAGAGUGCGAUAAGAAGAGAAACCGAAGGCGAAUUUAGGCUGUUAGGAAGAAGGGAGAAGAGUCAGUACAAUGGUGGGAGACUUCUUGUGAAUGAAGAUGAACAUCCCAGUAAACGAAGAGUAUCGUUUAGAUCAGUAGAUCAUGGAGAAGCAUCUGUUAUCAGUCUUGGGGAUGAAGAUGAGGAAGAAGAUGGAAGCAAUGGAGUAGAAUGGGAUGAUGAUCAGAGAGAACCAGAGAUUGUUUGCAGGCACAUUGAUCAUGUAAACAUGUUAGGUCUCAACAAAACCACCUCAAGACUCCGGUACCUCAUUAACUGGCUUGUGACCUCUCUGCUCCAGUUAAGGCUGCCUAAAUCAGAUUCAGAUGGAGAUCACAAGAAUCUUGUUCAGAUUUACGGUCCAAAGAUCAAAUACGAGCGUGGAUCUUCCGUGGCAUUCAAUGUCAGGGAUUUGAAAAGUGGAAUGGUUCAUCCUGAGAUAGUGCAGAAACUAGCUGAAAGAGAAGGCAUAUCUCUAGGCAUUGGUUACCUCAGUCACAUAAAGAUCAUCGAUAGUCGAAGCAAAGAUUCAAGUUCUUGGAAACCGGUGGAUCGAGAUGAAAGAAACAAUGGGUUCAUAAGAGUUGAGGUUGUCACAGCUUCUCUUGGGUUCUUGACAAACUUUGAAGAUGUUUACAGAUUAUGGAAUUUCGUGGCGAAGUUCUUGAGUCCAGGUUUUGCUAAACAGGGGACACUCCCAACAGUUAUUGAAGAAGAGGACUCUUCAGAAACUUAAAAGACAUGAGCAAUGGAUACAUUUUUUCCAACACUUCCUUUACUGUACUUAUUUGUUAUUAUCUGAGAUGAUUCUCUUGUAUGAUUUUGGGAAGUUAUGUGAGCAGAGAUGAUCUCAGACACGAUUUCAGAUGUCU